CCUAUCUUUCGCUUCACUGAGUAAGUAGUUCGAUCAUUAAUUUAUUAACAGAUUUUACUUGGAAUAGACCACAAUUUAUUAAUAACGUGUACACCUUAAAAUAUCUGAACCAUGGCGAACCAGGGACUUUCACCCCAAGAAAUCGAGGCGUUAUGUAAAACUCCAAAUCCUGCUACAAAGGAGUUUAUUUUUCAACAAACCAUGUACCGCAUCAAGGACCCACGAAAGUCUAUACCAUUCUACACUGGAGUACUUGGUAUGACCUUAUUAAAACAGCUUCAUUUUCCAGAAAUGAAGUUCUCGUUAUUCUUCAUGGGAUAUGAAAACUCCAAUGAAAUACCAUUAGAUGAAAAAGAAAGGACUUCUUGGGCUAUGUCAAGAAAAGCCACUUUGGAGCUAACAUACAAUUGGGGCACUGAGAAUAAUGAUUCUAACUAUCACAAUGGUAACUCAGAUCCUCGUGGGUUUGGACAUAUUGGAAUCAUGGUCCCCGAUGUUGAUGCUGCUUGCGCUAGAUUUGAAGAGCAAAAUGUGAAGUUCAUUAAAAAACCCCAGGAUGGCAAAAUGAAGGGUUUGGCCUUCAUUCAGGAUCCGGAUGGCUACUGGAUCGAGAUUUUCAAUGCUAAUUGUGUUAGCCAGUAACAUACGAGUUGUGAAAAGAUACAAAUAAUUUUUGUUUUAACACUAUGAGACCCUUUAUCACAUAAGUGCAGUAACAUAUAAGGAAAGUACUGUACUCUAGACAGAGAUGCUCAUGUACAUAAUAAGUUAUAUCAAAAUGUCAAACUUGACAUUUUGAUUGAGCUUUUAAUCAUUAUCUAUUAUUGACAAUACUGUAAAGUAUUAGAUUUUACAAAUAAAUGAAUUAUUUGUAUCUUGGUAUGGUCAAGAUGCUUAUUGUGAGCCAAUGAUAAAUAGAGUGUCAGAUAUUAAGUUUAUACAUGUGUUAUAAACACUUGAUUUUAUAAAUAGCUGUAACUUCAAAAAAACGUAACGAAAAUAAAAUAUUUUAUGUAAAAUUUGCACAUUUAUAACAUGUCUCUAAUAUAAAACUUGUUGAUUAUCAUGCUGUGUUUUAAUUCAAGGACCCAGCAGUUCGAAACUAUUUUAGAAUUUAAGAAAGAUAGAGCAAAAUAACAUAAACAGAUAAUAGAUUAAGUUUGUGGAGGAACCAUGUUAUUUCGUUACGGUAAGCAAUCGCUAGAUGGUGCCAGCAAAUCACCCUUUCCACAACCCAUCAUCAAUUCAUUCAAAAACCCGAUACAGCAGUUUUAGUGUGAUUCAGAAAGAUUAACUCUGUAUCUUCAUUAUAUGAAAUAAUGCAUUUUUCGACACCAGUAGCCGCCAAUUAGUUUAAUUUAAUUCGACUCAGUCAAACUAAUUGUUGUAAUUGUUAAGUGUGGCUAAUUUUUGUAUUUAAUUGUUUGUAUAAAGCAAAAUCUGCAGUUUUGUGACUCUUACAAACAUAUACCUACGUCCCACUGUAUAGAAUUUAACAAUAUAAUAAAUUGUAAUUGGCUGAAAAUUCUGUUUAUUCUAAAUUAUACGGCAAUUUAGUUUAAACGUCCAUGUCAUGAUUUUUCAUGAUUUUUCACAGUACGUGUGACAGACUAUAUAUUUGUUCUAGUAUCAGAUCAAUUUGUUGUUGUAAAGAUGAAGUCGUUGUGCUACGUACUCGCUAUAAACGUAGUUUUGAGUGCCGCUAAUCCUUUGGAUGCAAGAAACGCCAGUGAUGAAUCUCAAACACAAUCCAGAAAAGUAAAGCACACGAUUUCAAGAAUUUUCAGCGUACCUAACAACCAGGCGAGAACAGUUCACGAUGGUGGAUACUAUGAUCAGCUGAUGAAAAUGUUAACAAGCGAAUCUGUGGGAACAUCGAAAUUGGAAGAUAAAGACAAAACUAGUACAGAUUUUACUUUACUCCAUACAAUAAAAGGUGUAUAUCCUGAGUCUGAAUCGCAAAAUGAAAUACAUUUACAAACAAACAAAAAUAUACAGACCGACGGUGCUGUACGUAUACUUGGAACUAAAGAAAGAGAAUUAAAUGCAGAUAUAUUAAAUGAAAUUAUACAGAACCUUACGGCUUCAAAUGGCGGUAAACAAAUUCGAAAUGGAAAAUUAGUCAUUUACUACGACGAAAACGAAAAUCCCAGCCAAAAUGUAAUUGAAAAAAACGAAAACGUUGGAAAUUCGAGAUUGAAAUUUGCAAAUAUAAUUCGUAUUGAAGAAGCAAUACACAAUUUAUUUAUACAGUAUAAAGUGCCUGAAAAUAUAUAUUAUGCCAUAAAAGCACAAAAUGUUGAUGCAAAAGACCGCAUUAAAAAUCUUAUUAUUGCAUUUGUCAAAUUCAUAGCCAGCGAAGGACAAGUAAAUUCGGAUAUAAUAAACAAAGUAAAGAUUUUGAUUUCUGAUGAUAAUAUAGAUAUAGAUCUGGGGAAACUGCUUAUGACAUCGGACGCUAACGUUGGUGUUAUCAAUCUUGACACUGACCCACCAACAAAUGCAGUUUCAGAUGUCAUAAAGAAUAUUUUUGAUGGUUCAGAUAAAGUUGAUAGUGAAAAGAACGAACAGAUAUCCGAUGUAACAAGAAGUUUAGAUUUUGCUGUGAUAAAUGAACUUGAGCCCAGUAAGGAAACACCCACCGUAAACUUGUCAGUAAAUGCAAAAGUUUUUACCGAUCCAACAGUAACGUCUACAUCGUUAAACAAUUUAAGAGACAUUGUACACAAAGACAAUUCACAAGAAAUUAUAACAACUAUAGAAGGAAAUAGUAAUUUAUUAAUUCCCUCUAAAGUUUACACAAAAGAAAGUGUAAAUCCAGUGGUCUCAAAUGUUACUGCUAAGAAAAAUAUCCAUGAAGCAAAAAAAAACACAUCUGACAGCAUACUCGGGACAAUUAUCGAUUAUAACUUAGCAAAGUCUAAGCAACAGACAGAAAGAGACAAUCGAAAUCUUUUAAACCCAGUAGGGCUUCAAGUUGUUAAAGGUUCUAUAACCGGCAAUAUUAAAGACAUGACAAAGAGCAAAGAUAUCUUAAAUCAAAAGAGGACACAGCUUCAUAGUUUAAGAACGAAGUUAGACUUUGAAACUUUAAAAAGGAUUUUAAACGAUGUUAUGGGUGAUAGCAUUCCAUAUUUACAACAAGUAGAUCCAAAUGUUCCUGUAUUCUCAAAUAUACCUGUAGAAGAAUACUUAAAUCAUAAUAACGGAAAGCCAUUCCUAAUUUACGUUGUAUUUCCAGAAUCAGAAAAAUCUAAAAUGUCUGACCCUGUAUACCACGAUACAUUUAUCCCCACUGAAAAAGAUAAUUUUUAUGUAGUAGAUGAUGAUAUUAAAGCUAUUUUAACAAAUUAUUUCAAAAAUUCCAAUACGACACCUGAAUUAUCUGGAGAAAAUGAUUCAAAUUCUAUUUUACAUGUAAUCAAAGACGAAAUCGCUAAUAAGGAAGUAGAACAAGACAUUAAGGAUACCAAGCAACGUAUACCCGAUAAAUUAUCGCCAGACACAAUUAUUGAUAUAAUAGCCAAAAUCAAAAACUCAAUUGGAAGACAUCGCCAAAAUAAAAUGCAACAUUCUGAAAAUACCGAAAAGGAAUUGAUGGAUUAUAUUAUUAAAAAAAUCUAUGACUCUAAAGUGGGUAAAAAUAAAUUAAAUAACGAAGAUAAUCUCCUCGAUAUUAUAGAAACGAUAACUCAUGGAACUGCCACUGAUCAGCAGAAGAAAGAAAAUGACAUUUAUAAGCAAUUACUUAUUCUAUUUCCAAAUAUUGGCCACGGUAUUAUUCGAAAGGGCAUAAAAACGGAUAGAUUAGAUAAAUUAAAAGAAUUGCUUUUGCAGCUAAAACAUUCGCCCAAUGACGACAACACUAGAAGUAUAACAGAAGAUCCAAAUUUCUUUAAAAAAUAUUUGCAGGCAAUAUUGAAUCACAAAAGUGCAAACGAUAUUGAUAUAACAAGUGAACAAGAAAGAUAUCUUAAUUUGGCAGAAGAACUUAUAGAACGAAUGAAAUAUCUUCAGAUGGAAUUAGAAAAAAGAAAUAUCUCUCGUCAGACACAAAGAGAGCUUAUUAAAAAAGAAGUUCAAGAAGAACUUUUGAAAAUCAACACAGAUAGUAUUGAAUCCUGUGUUAAAAGAGCAAACAAAUUAGUAGAAUUAAGUAUUGAAAAAGUACUUCAGAAGAGUAUAUUAUAAUUCUAUUCUGUUUUAACCUAAAAUAACAGAGUCAAAUCCUUUUA